CAUUUUGGGCGGGAAAAUUGCAUGCUGUGUGUCGGGGGGAUGAGGGGCAGUCCCGUGUGUUGCAGGAUGUUUAGCAGCAUCCUUGCCUCUACCCACUGGGUACCGGUAGCAUCCCUCCUGCACUUGUAACCAGAAUGUCUCCAGAUAUUGCUAAACGUCUCUUGUGGGGCAAAUUCUCCCCUCUCCCCCGUUUGAGAACUUUUUUCUGCCUGCGUCACAUUUUCACGGAGCCUCUCUUGUAAGCUCUCUGGAGACCGAGACGAGUGUCUUAGUCACCGCAGAGUUCCAGGUGCUCAGCACAGCGCCAGGUACUUGUUUCUGCAAGGCCAUACACUGAAUUGUUGGAACCCUUGAUAUUUUGCUGUCUGUAGUGCCUCUUGGUGGACUAUACUAUAUUCAACUAGAGUCUAAAGAGGACUGGAUUCCUGCUGGUGACAGACAUUGCGAGCCGUAGUACUCUUGAACGAGAUGACUGCCGUCUCCUCAGACCCUCAAACUCUGGCCUCGAGUGAACAGAGCAAGGUCCUGAGAAUGGAUACUCGUGGGGAUCGAGAAGCUGUGCUAAGAGGAGACCCCGCGGACCCAGAGUCCUUCAGGCAGAGGUUCAGGCGGUUUUGUUACUCAGAAGUGGCUGGACCCAGAAAAGCCCUGAAUCAACUCUGGGAGCUCUGCAUUCGGUGGCUGAGGCCAGACAUCCACACGAAAGAACAGAUUUUAGAGCUUUUGGUGUUUGAGCAGUUCCUGACCAUUUUGCCUGGGGAGAUCAGGAUUUGGGUAAAGUCACAGCAUCCUGAGAGUAGUGAGGAAGUGGUGACCCUAAUAGAGGAUUUGACCCAAGCACUUGAGGCAAAGGAAGAUCCAGUCUCUGAGGAUUCUGUUCUUUCCCAAGAGGAGCCUUCUGAGGAAGAUAAAAUGGUAUCUGUCCUUCCAAAUACCGAGUCCUGGGAAUCCGUGACAUUCAAGGAUGUGGCUGUGAACUUUUCCAGAGGAGAGUGGAGGAAGCUGGAGCCUUUUCAGAAGGAGCUGUAUAAGGAAGUGCUACUGGAGAACUUCAGGAACCUAGAGUUUGUGGGCUUGCCAGUUUCCAAAUUAGAUUUGGUUUCCCAGCUAACGUGGGCUGAACUACCACGGCUGCUGGAAAAAGAAAUCUCAAAAGGCUCCAGAUCAGAUUGUAAACGUAGAGGUGAAUUGAAGGAAUCUGUUCAAAAUCAAGAUGUUUGUUUGGAAGAAGCAACUUUAGAUGAAAUAAUAGAAAGAUACCUAAUGGGUAGUGAUUAUGGCUUGAUGGGAGAAUCCUGGAAACAUGGUGCAUUAGAGGAGGAUCGUAGCAAUAAGGAAUAUUCACAAUCAGCAGUCACACAGAAGAAAACGCGUGGGAGAGGCAAAAAGGGUGAGGAAUUUGACCCAGAAAGGGGCCCCUUUGGAAGUAAUUUCAAACAAACUUCAGACAUAAUUAAACAUCUGAGAGUCUACUUAAGGAAGAAAUCUCGAAGGUAUAAUGAAUGCAAGAAGCCCUUUAGUUUUCAUUCAGACCUUGUUCUGAACCGCAAAGAACACGGUGGAGAAAAGUCACGGAAAUGUAAUGAAGGCAGGAAAGUCUUAAGUCACUCUUCAUCUCUUACUGACCAUCAGAAACAUCAGAAAAUUCAUUUUGGGGAUAAGACUCAGAAGUGCACUAACUGUGGGGUGGCCUUUUUUCAAAGAUCAUCCCUUAGUAAGAGAAAAAGCUCUACGUGUGAAAAAUGUCGGAAAAAUUUAUGUCAAGCCACCGCCUCGAAUAAAGAUGAGGGAACUGAGACUGAAGAAAAAACCCAUAAAUGUAGCAAGUGUGGAAAAGCCUUUGGCUAUAGUGCCUCACUGACCAAGCACAGGAGGAUUCACACUGGGGAGAAACCCUAUAUGUGCAAUGAAUGUGGAAAAGCUUUCAGUGACAGUUCGUCACUCACGCCACAUCACAGAACUCAUAGUGGAGAGAAACCCUACAAGUGUGAUGAUUGUGGAAAAGCUUUCACCCUGAGUGCCCAUCUCAUUAAACAUCAGAGAGUUCAUACUGGAGAAAAACCCUAUAAAUGUAAAGAGUGUGGGAGACCCUUUAGUGACAGUUCGUCUCUUAUUCAACAUCAGCGAAUUCAUACUGGAGAAAAACCCUACACAUGUAACAACUGUGGAAAAUCCUUCAGUCAUAGCUCAUCCCUUUCCAAACAUCAGAGGAUUCAUACUGGAGAGAAACCCUAUAAAUGUGGUGAAUGUGGAAAAGCCUUUAGACAGAAUUCUUGCCUUACCCGACAUCAGAGAAUUCACACUGGAGAAAAACCGUAUUUAUGUAAUGACUGCGGGAUGACUUUCAGCCAUUUUACAUCUGUCAUUUACCAUCAGAGACUUCACUCAGGAGAAAAACCCUACAAAUGUAACCAGUGUGAGAAAGCCUUCCCUACUCAUUCACUCCUUAGUCGUCAUCAGAGAAUUCAUACUGGUGUAAAACCCUAUAAAUGUAAAGAAUGUGGAAAGUCCUUCAGUCAGAGUUCAUCUCUUAAUGAACAUCAUCGUAUUCAUACUGGAGAGAAACCCUAUGAAUGUAACUAUUGUGGAGCGACCUUUAGUCGAAGCUCAAUCCUUGUGGAACACCUGAAAAUCCAUACCGGCAGGAGAGAAUAUGAAUGUAAUGAAUGUGAGAAGACAUUUAAAAGCAAUUCAGGCCUCAUCAGACAUCGGGGAUUUCACUCUGGAGAGUGACUCUUGGAAGAUAGUAGGGUGGGGGGGUAUUUAGUCAAAAUUGUCCCUUAUUUAAAAACCCAGGCUGUAAACUACCACAGCAUUAAUUAGUAGCUGCAACUUCGUUGGGUUGGCGGCUAGGAAAAAUGUAAUUUUUCCCAUUGACCCCUCUUUCAAGGAUGUCAGCUUUUGGUAGAUAGUAAUAGGGUUGGUAAAUUCAUAUGAAAAGUGAAGAAAGUAGUAUGAGAUGAGAAAUGAUUCUAAAAGGCCAAAUGUGCAUUUAAAAAGCAGGGGAGGGGUGCACAGGACCCAUCUUAUAACCUUUUCUCUGGAGAUUUCCCUCUCUUCUAGCUUCCCCUUCCACUACCGUGUAGUGUAAUAGAAAGAGAACUUGACUGGGGUCAGAUAACCUGGCUUUUCUCCCUGUUUGCUGACCCACUUGCUCUGUACCCUUGGGCAAAUCAUUUGACCUUUUUGAAUUUUAGUUUCUCUACUGGUAGAAUGAAGCAAUGGGACUAAUGAUUUCUGAAGGGUUUUUUUUUUUGGUACCUCUGAUAUUCUCUGAAGCUGUGGGAAUAAGUUAAACCUUUUUGAUUCAUUAGAAUUUGCAAGUUUCUCUAGCAGAAAAUUACUCCUUUAGGAUACUGAACUUCGACUGAGUGAGAACGCAGUACGCUUUCUGAAUACUUGAUGCCGGGAUUGCUAGGAAGUUGUAAAGAGAAGCAAGCCGGUGGAGCUCCAACAAGUUUGCCUUCAGGGAAUCUUUUAAUUGGACAAAGCAUCCCAGCCUCUUUUUCCUCUGGCCACUGGCUGAGGGAAUGGGGAUCCUCGAGGGUGUGCACCUGAGCCAUCUCAGCCAUGGGAAUAACAGUCCUAGGAAAAGAGAUUCGGGGGUUGUGGGGGAUGGGAGGAAAAUAGAGCUAUUCUGGACAGAUUGCCUUUCGGAAAAUACAAUUCUAUUUUUUAAAAUUUUACCUAUACUAAGUACAGCUUCCUGUAACUGGAUUGUAAACCUUCUGUACGACAAAGGUCACAAACUAAAAUUGGGCCCUUUGACAUGUUUUAAUUGGUCUGUGCAGUAAGGGGUGGGUGUGUAUGUAUGUAUGUAUGUAAAAGUGGGUGGAAUUAGUGCCACCAUUUAAAAAUAAGGAAAUUUCAUACCAAAAAAGAGAAAGACUUGUUUUGAAAAAUAAAAAGGCUGACAACGCUGGCCCAUACUCUGGUGGGUCAGUAGCUGGUCUGGGGUAGCAGCUGCUACUUUUAGAUGGAGAAUCUACUCUUCUACUUGCCAAGUUCUCUCACUUAUGUAACCUGACUUGCCCACUGUGGGAAUUUGAAAUUAUGAUCCCCUGCUAUCGGGAGAAUACUUAUCCUAAAAUCUAAAGAGACUGCACUGAUAGUAGAAUUCAGGAAAAGAAUAUAGAAAAGAUGCAGAAUGAAUUUUCAGUUAAGUUUUCUGAUGUAAAAGUAGACCUCGAAGGACUAGUGUACAGAUUUUAGUGGAUUCUCCCUUAGAGAUUUCGUUGGUGCAGUCAAAUAAUAAUUUCUAACUGAAAAAGGAACUAAAAACCCAAAGUCAGUUAGGUUUGUCUCUCAGGUCAUAGGGUUCUGAAAGAGUCCCACUGACUCAACAAGGUAUAAAGUUCCUAAAUUUGAAAUCGGAGGCGGCUCCUAUAAAAAGAGCACUAAACCAGAAAACUUGUGGCUCAUCGACGUGAAGAGAUCCGUAAUGCUCAUCUGAGACUCAGCAGUAUUUGCUGUGAUUUUAAUGGGUUUAGGUUUGCAGUGCUACCUCUGGAGGGUAUUUUUGGUUUCUUGUGCCCUGACUUCUCCCAAAGCCUAUAGUUCAAACACUGCUGUGUGAUGACUUGAUCUGCAGUUACUGCUAAAUGGACCAACCAGAGAUGGUUCAGCUAUGAACGGAAUAUGGCUUAGGAGAACCACUUACCCUGGUUUAAAUGUUUUUCUGAAAAGACGUAAAUGCUGGUUUGAUUUUUUUGAGAAGAUGUAAUUUAUGGAAAGAAAUAUGUAAAAAUUCUUGAAAAGAGGCUUGUUCUAGGAUGUUAUAUCCCUGAAUUCAUAAGAGAAUGGUUUAUACCACUAUCAAUUGGGAAUCUGGAACAUAAAUUUUUUUAUAACGAAGUAUAAAUUACAUAUCAUAAAAAUCAUUUCAAGUGUA